AUGGCCUCUCCAAGAGGCGAUCAAAGGAUCAAGAGACUGCUGUUCCACAAGGAGACCGAUGGAGCCAACGAAUCCGGGCAGAGGAGGGGGGUGCUGCAGAGCCUGAUGCACCCACCAAGGACCAUGCAUGAGAGCCCUGAGGUGUGGGUGAAAGUCUAGAGGGAGGCCACCAAGCUCCCUUCCUUAUUAGUUCGCUGUGGGGUCUCAAGAUCUCACCACAUCUCCCUGGUAACGGUGACAUGGGAAGGGUUUGUCAACGCCGGAGAGAACAGACUGGCUGUGUUACAUCCAGAACUUAGUCCUCAGACAUGGCUUCCUGCCAGCCACGCCCACAGUUGGAAACCCCCAACGACCCUGACCCUGGAACAGUCCAAAGCAAGGAGCUCCCUGGCCAACACCACUUUCUGCUGUGAAUUUGUUACCUUUCCUCAUGGUGUCGGUGUUGCCUGUGGAGACCUGCAUAGCUCAGGCCCAGGACUCUCUGCCCUGGCUCCAGCCUCUAUUCGUCAAGCAGACCUGGCUGGGAUCGUGGGAACUUUGGGCUUCCUCCCGUUUGGCUUUCUCUUUAUACUGUGUCUCCCGUGGCGGCAGCGGAGGCAUUGGUGUUUCAGUAAAUCCCAGGCAUCCCUCGCCAACAGCGAGACACAGACGCAGGCUCAGCUUUCCCACUUGGCCUCUGCACACGGCAGCUUCAUCUCCUUCGAGAAUGAACUAUAUACUUGGGUGUGA